AUGCCCCACAGCUCACGCAAAAAACAUCCCUCCCAAGCCCAAUCCCACAAGCGCCUGGAAAUCACCGACUCUUCUGGCUGGACGCACGUCACCACGGGCGGAAACGCACGCCGCCUGCUCCGUCACAAUCACCACCAAACAACCCCCAGACAUGACUCCGAACCACAAAGGGAACCCGAAAAAGAAAAUCAACAACUACAACCUGACUCUCGCGCCGUCCUGACCCCGGCUGAAGCUCCCCCCAAUGUCACGCUAGAGCAACUCAAGCGCCAGCUGCACACAUACCGCACGCGGUGGGAGCAGUCGGCGGCGUUCACCCAGGUCCAGCAGGGGUUGUCACGCCUAGGACUCCACGAGAACAACACGGGCGCAUUCAAAGAAGACGGAAGGAUAGUGUGUAUUGGACUGGGGAGCCCCAGUGGGUUUCUGCGCGGGGGAUGGGUCGAUCGACGAAGUGUCUCGAUGUACCAGUUAGCAGCUCUGGCGAGUAUAAUGGAUUGGAUAGGUGAGUUGAGUCAUCCUGUUUCCCGGGAAAAACACCAAUCCAACCGCAUUUCCGUCUUCGCGCAAGACCCCGUCUUCAAUGCCCACGAUAUAUCCCUCCUCGCUUCCCUAGACAUCACUGUCCUCGAGCACCCCGUGGCAUUUGAGAAAGUCUCGGCGCAGACUCUGCUCUUCGCUCCUGGUGCGGAGCGCACACAUCUCGAGCAACUGCUCGCGCACAACCCGGCGGUUGUCUUUGGCGGUCCGCUGGAAGAGAUCGAGUCCGAGGUAGUGAAGCGGUUCGUGCAGUCGAGAGACUCGGUACAGCUGCCGCUGUUCGCGGAACAGGAACAUGCGUUUUGGAAGAUGCGGGUGUACUAUCCUCGGACUGAGAAGGGUGAUUGA